GCCUUGCGAAUGCGUUCGUCGUCGCUUGUGUCUUGUCUUGUGUGCCGCUUUUGCGAAAGCCAGAAAGAAAAGAAAAAAUCAAAGUGAUAUCAUCAUCGUCAUCGUUCGUCGGGUCGGGGUGAGGCUCUCUGCAGACUUAUGAAAGUCCAUAAUAUCUGGUGCUAGUUUGCGGUGUCGAUUUUCCUGCUACCAAUUUCCGGUGCCGUCGACGGUUCUGUCCUGUUUCCGGCAGUGACCAAAAAGUGUUUGUUCCCACCCCGAAAAGCGAUAUUACGGUCCCCAGUGCCAGUGGCAACGAACGGUGCGAUGAAAGUGUAACACGCUACGAAGCCCGGAGCUGCUCGGAUUACGGAUAAUGGCGUGAAGUGAAUAAAUGUGAGGAAAUUCUAUGUUUUUCAAGGUGUACACAUAGGAAUUCUCUGGCCACCGCACGAACGACGAAAAGAAGCACAGUAGUGGUUGGCUGGUGAUUGCUCCGGAUCGGUCCGCCGUCCGGCCUUUCCAGUGACAGUGAAGCGUGAAGCGACGGGAAGAAGCGAAGAGAGACCGACUCGAGCCAAGAAGAAAGGAAGAGAGCACAAGUACGAGUGUACAGUGCGGAGAGAAGAUGAUAAAAGAUUCGAAAAUGUAAAAAUAAAUGUGAUAAAUUCGACGUGUGAUCCUAACAAGAGUAAUAGUGAGCGAGAGCUGGUGAAAAAAGGGGCAGCGCACACACGGAAUUAAUUCACCCUCGCCGUCGUCGUCGUGUGGCUUACGGACAGAGUCGGACACGGCUUCGAUCGAGUUCCCUCAGCCCGACUCCACUGAGCCCGAGUCAGUCAAUCCAACCAACCGUUUGUUGUUGUUGCUGUUGCUGUUUCUGUGCAUGCCAUUGACACACAAAGAAGAAAACAAGAAUUCCACCACGACGACGAAGUCAAUCGCCCCGUUGUUGUUGUUGGUGGUGAAGUUUCUGUCGUUUUCCAAGUGAGGCAAAUAUAAAAGAAACAUUGCGAUCACCUUCGCCGUGUGGAGAAAGAAGAGAGUAGCAGCAGCAGCAGCCAGCAACCCGCAAACAGAUAGAUCGUUCAUUUGGCGAAGGAAACGAGCGAAAACAACGCACACACAGCAGGAAGAAAUGGAGAAAACUGGAGUAAGCGCCAUCGUUGAGUACGACUACACGGCCAAGGAAUCGGACGAGCUGACGCUGAAGCGAGGGACCACCGUUACCAACAUCAAGAUUCAACCGGGCGGCUGGUGGGAGGGCACACUGACGGCUACCGGCAGGACCGGUAUGUUUCCGGACAACUUUGUCCGGGUGCUGGAACCGGACGAUAAGAAUCCGGUCGUAUUAAGAGACAAAACAGCCGCCCUGAACCGCCGAUGUAAGGUCAUCUACAGCUACCAGGAGAACAAACCGGACGAGCUGACGCUGGCCGUCGGGGAUGUCGUGGAAAUUUUCGAAGAAGUGGAGGAAGGCUGGUGGCGGGGAAAACUAAACGGAAAGGUCGGCGUUUUCCCAUCGAACUUCGUCGAACUGAUAGAAUCGGCGUCGCCCAUGUCGGCGAACCGCAAGAGCAGCACCGGAGGACCGAAACCGACUGCCGGACUGCUGAUGGACGGCAGCAACAGCAUAGGAAGUUUGUCCAAAACGAACAGUUUGAACAAAAGUCGAAGCAGUCUGAACAGUUCCCGGGAAAAUCUGGACGAUGUGAUAUCUAAUCAGCACCAGCAGCAGCAGCAACUGUUGUUCGAUGCCCCGUCGCUGCCGCCGAAGCCGGUGCGGGAUCUGUGCAAGGUUCUGUUCGCCUAUGUCCCGGCCAACGAAGACGAGCUGCGGCUCGUGGAAGGCGAUAUCAUUACCAUCCUGACCAAGGAGCUGCCCGACAAGGGCUGGUGGAAGGGCGAACUGAAGGGGCACGUCGGGGUGUUCCCGGACAACUUUGUGGUGGUGCUGCCUCCUGAGAUUUCCCCGGUGAAGGAGUCGUCCUUCCACCCGAAACCGGAACGUCCUCCUCCGUCGAACAAGAUCCUGAUCGGUAAGCAGAACAACAAUCAACCCGGCACGACCAACGCCUACCGGAAGGAGAGUUUCGGCUCGAAGGAUUCGCUCAACGAACCGGCCGCGAACACCAACAACAAGCAGGUAACCGGUUCGCCGACCAUCGGUAACGUGGCCGCCCACAGGAAAUCCCUGGAAACCCGAAACGUCGAGAAUCACCUGAGUACGACGACGAACAACAGCAACGCUUCGCCUGUGCUGGCUCCGGUGACGGAGAAGCCCCCGCGCAAGAGCCUGGACAGCAAGACGUCCGAAAUCCGAAAGAGCUUGGAAAGCCUGGAUGAAAAGAAAGGGACUCCUCCGCCGGUGCUCGGCAAGAAACCGCAGGUUCCGAUCAAGAAGAGCCCAUCCAUUACCAGUGUUACCGGAAAUUUGUUCUCCGGGUUGAAGCAGAAGGUGAAAGGAGGCGAUAGCAAGCAUCAGGACGGUACGGAUGGAGUCUGUGGAAGCAAGAUGAAGUCGGACGUUGCGGAAAACAACGAUAAGAACGUGAGCGGCGAGCGACUGUCGCGGGAUGAGUCGGAGUUUGGGCACGUCGAAAGGGGAUCGGUCCUGAAGGAUAUGCGGGCGAAUCGAGCCAAGGCACCGAAGAGGAGGCCACCGACUUCGGCGGGCAGUAUCAUUGGGGAGUCGUCGGGAAGCAAUGGGUUGAGUAACGGGAACGCUGGCUUGUUCCAUCAGCUGUCGCAGAGUGGUACGGAACCGGAAUCACCCAAGCCGGACCUCUUGAACGUUAGCCAUCUUAGCAAUAGCAAUGAGGAUGAUGUCAUUGCCAAACCGAAGGCCCGCGAAUGGGAGAAGCACAAAGUACCGUGGAUGGACGAGCUGAAGGCAAGCCAGGCAAAGAAGACCUCCCCGAAUGUGAGCGAAUCGAAAUCCCCCGAGCACCGUGAUACCGUGACGUCCAGUAACAACCAUCUUCACCAGGAGGAGACUACCAAGUUUGACAACAUUUCCAAAUCAUUCCACAUCAGUUCCGCAACCAGUUCGUCGGUGUCGGCUUCCGGUCGGGCGAGACUAUCGGAACGGGCCGCUACCACCAGCAGCGUAGCGGAUGUUACGUCCAGUACGGCAAACAGCGUUAACAAUAACAGUUCCUUCGACUUGAUUGCGUCCAGUAGAAAGGAGACAACCAACAGCCAUCAUCAGCAGUCGUUAACCAACAGUAGUGUAGAUCAGCAUUCCAGUAGCACUAGCAGCAGCAGCAGCAGCAGCACAACCACCAACACCACCACGAGCAACAACGUUAUGACUAAGUCAAUGUCUGCCCUUUCAACCAAGAUUGCCAUUUCGUCGGACAGUGCGAACAGUAGCGCCAACGACGUACCUACCAGUACCAACAGCAGCAAUCGCCCGAUCAGUGUGAACCUGCGCAACCGUAGCAUAUCACCGACGCCCAUCACCCGCAAUACCAAGACAAUCCACAUAAUGUCAACGACGGCAGCAACCAGUGGACCAACAAUGGUGGUGGAAGCUGCGCCGACGAACAACGGAACAAGCACCACUGCCAUCGGUGGAAGCGCCGGAUCGGUCACCUCGGACAACAUGUGCUCCCGGGUGCAGGAUCUUGAGCAGAAGGUAAACCGCAUGGAGCGGCAACUGACCACCCAGAACAACCUGAUCGAAGACCUGAAGCGGCUACUCCGCGAGGAAUCCGACCGGGUGAAAACCCUGCAAAAAGAACUGGAAAAGUACGCGCAGUGCGUGACACAGGUAUGAUAAAUCGUUCAUACUGCCUACUUCGUUUUGUUAUUUCAAUCAAAUCGAUUUUGUUUUUACCAAUGUACAUUCGACCCCCGCCGUUUCCAACCAUCAUGGUGGGGUGCAACUUUCCUACGCUGUAAGCGUAACGAGCAAACGCAUUCAUCAAGCGAAAACAAAAAAAAAAUACAUUCCUAGCAUUUUUCCCUCUACUACUACAAACAUACCUUCCUAGUUCGCGCGCAGCAAAAAUAGGAUUAGCUACGAAAAUUUCGCGAAACGUUUAGCAAAAAAAAAUCUUUAUCGCCUAGAAGCCUGAUCAAAAGUCUACACAACUGCAACACUACACUUGAAACCGUCUUUACUUGUAUUAUCACGCGAGAACGAACGAUAAAAGUUGGACACACACACACACACACAUACACUCUGAGCAAACAUUUCGGCGGAAAAUUUGAUAGGAAGGAAACCAACAAAACAGACAGACAGAGUAUUAUAAUUCAGUAGUUAAGUAAAAACGAAGUGGUACUUUGACGUAGAAAGUAUUAGUAGAAAACCCCGGAAUGUGGAACGGAAGUACCAUAAUACGAUUAGAUGAUGGAUUUGUAGCGCACAAAGGAACGGGGAUUCCAAAAUUUCGCCUAAAUUCUUUGACCGGAACUGCUUUGAUAGUUUUUUUUUGUGGCAAUAUCGUUUCCCAGCAAGUCUCUACGUGCAAGUGAAUCGAUCUCCGAAGGAGUAAGUCAUUACAGCGAUUCCUUUACGAACGACAUACGAAGCACUUGUCUUUAAAGCCACCGUAGUAAACAAAAAAUCGCACCCAUACAACGAGACAAUUUACAAAUUUGGCCUUCAUUCUAGCAGUUCCCUCAAAAACUUAAUCGGUGCACAAACUGUCAUUCCCCCUUUUCGAUAAAAUUUUGUUUAACUCCGAAAUCCCCCGGAUAGAGCAAAAAUUGUAUUCCUAUUCUGUUUGCCCCGUCUGUCGAUUGUGAAACGAAUGAGUAUUUGUUGCAUUUAUUAAAGAGAUUUGAUUGUCGUCCCCUUAUGACCAAGCUUGGAACGGACUAAUGUAGGACCACGAACUGAAAAUCGAAAGCAAAUAAAAAACAAACUAACAAAACCAGACGGACAGCGCACGUGUAGUAUUACUAUUAAUAACAAAUAAUGAAUAGGAAAAAUCGCGCCACUACGGAAUUCAAAAGGCAUGUGAAUCGAUAGUUACUGAUACUGAAGAGAACAGGAGUGAAUUAAAGCAACAACCUUAAGGUGAUAGAGAGGGACUUGAGAGCCGCGAAGUGCUAUAAACGUUAAAUGUCCAAUCUUAAAUUCGAUCGGCGGAUUUGCAAAUGAGUGUGAUAAGUAAAGUGCAUACAUAGAUGCGACCCGUUGCGGUGAUAAGUGAUGGAUAAAUCCCUAUUUCCAAACACUCACACAUUGCUUAUCAACUUCUUUCCAUAAACAAACAAAAAAUGCAAUCCGUACAUACGCGACACACACACACACACACUUUGUAAACGACGCAAAAAUGUUCGCCAUUUUUUUUUCCUGUACAUAUUUGAUAGUGAAGUAGAUAUACCUUAUACAUACAACCUUAUUUUAUUUAGCAUUUAAAAUUCCAUAAAAGAAAGCAUACAAUCGCUUUAUACAUUAUACAAUAUUGAAACAACUUCAUGAUACAUGAUAAAUUUAUGUAAUAACUAUUCUAAUAAAUUCGCUUUUUGCAAAUAGAAUUAAAAUUGGAGAAAAAAAAAUCGGUUGUGUGAGGAU